AUCCUUGCUUCUGACAAACGUAUAUAACCUAGACGGGAAGCAUCUCGUGGAUGGGAUCACGCCUCGAGAUCCUCAAUGCCGGCAGGCUGCGCCUUGAUGGUCGAAAGCCCCUGGAAUUCCGAUCCUUGGCCAUUGAGGUUGGCUCAUCCUCUAUUUCGUCGCCUUCAGUCCUCUCGCGUCCGGAUGGUUGCGCCCGCGUGCAGCAAGGCCUGACCAGCGUUCACGCUUCUGUUUACGGGCCUCGUGAGGCCCGAAGCCGAGGAUCCACGCUGCACGAUCGAGCCAUUCUCGAUGUCGAAGUCGAGGUAGAUCCCUGGAGUGGGCGUGAACGUCGAAAGCGAUCCAAAGGUGACCGACGCACCACCGAAAUAGAAGCAGCCAUCAAAGCGACAUUCGAGCCUGUGCUCCAUCUGCAUCUCUUCCCUCGCUCCGAGGUCAGCAUAUUCGUGACUGUCGAGCAUCAGGAUGGAGGAGUCUUGCCCUGCGCUAUCAACACUGUCACCCUCGCGCUUCUCGAUGCUGGCAUUCCGAUGAGCGACUACGUGCUGGGAGUGUGCGCAGGCAUGCAUCUCGCCAGCAAUCAAACGCUCAUCGAUCUCUCGGCCCUCGAGGAAGGUUCGUUGCCAUCCCUUGUUAUUGCGUAUCUUGCCCGCAGUAGAACGGUCACGCUCGCCCAGCUGGAGACUCGCAUUCACGCAGACGCACUUCCAGGGCUCGUCAAGAUCGCCGGUGAUGCGUGCGCCGGGGUGCUACUCACAGAAAUUGAUGCUGCAAUGCGCGCCCGGACAAAGAAGCUGGCGGAGGCAAUGGGUGGCAAAGGUCCACCGUACAACGUCGCUGAUAUCUCUCCCGACGACAGCCGUUCUGGCAUUGAAACAAGUUGAAAUCAGAGGGACAGCGGCAAGUCCAGCAUGUACUUUAUGUGAUUGCAGAUGCAGUAAAAGUUGCAAAGUUGUGUGACAGAG